CAACAAAGUUUUCCCACUUGUGCCCGCGUUAUGCCGGAGCAAUUUCUGCCUUCGUUUUAAAAAAAAUGGAUAGAUGAGUAAAUAAAUAAUGUCAAAGGCGCCUAUGCGUACGCAGUUCGAUUGCGCUUUCGUUAAACGGUUUGCGAGCUGCCGUCUCCCGUGGCAACUACUAUGUUUACAAACGAGUAGCUGGCGAGAGACCGACCACUGAGCAUUAUGAAAGCCGUCUUCACGCUUCCGGAGAAAACGCACGGUCCAGGGCCAGUGUUCUUCACGUGGCAAAAGUCGAGCGGCAAUUAUCUAGUGACGACUGGCUACGAUCAGACAGUAAACGUGUACGAUCGUCAGGGCGAGCGAAAGGAUCAAAUCAGCCUGCCUGGAAUGUGCACGGGGCUGGGCUACGACAAAGACGGCGACACGCUGGGGAUCAUCACGGACCGAUCGGCGCGGCUUUUCCUGUGGGACGCCAACACCCAGCAGUUAGCCCAGGUGGACACGGGCCUCAGGGAUGUGUUGACAUUGCUUCUGUGGGCCAAGACAGGGCCUUUUCUGGCUAUUGGGACCUCAAAGGGGAACCUGCUUAUUUAUCAUCAUCGAUCCUGCAGAAAGGUGCCUAUUUUGGGCAAACAUGCCAAGAGGAUCACCUAUGGUGCCUGGAGCCAACAAAACAUGCUGGCAUUGGUUGGCGAAGACAAUGUACUGACGGUCAGCAACCAAGAAGGAGACACACUAUGCCAAACAACACUCAAAUCGGAAGCGACACUGGUGCAGUUCUCAUGCAUGAAAAAGGAUGAAAGAAGCACGACCGAAAACACUGUCAGUCUGGUGUUAAAUAAGAAGACGCUGCUGCUACUUGAUAUUUAUGACCCGGAAAAUCCCUACGUUCUUGCAUUCCAGGAAACAUAUGGGAAGAUAAUAGAGUACAAAUGGUACGGAGCAGGCUAUAUUCUUCUAGGAUUUACAAAUGGUUACUUUGUAACUAUCUCAACAAGUCCUAAAGAUAUUGGCCAAGAGAUGAUGCAAGUUCGCUGUCACAAACAAUCACUGUCACACAUUGCUAUAUGCCUGGCCCAGAACAAAGUGGCAUCAUGCAGCGACAAUAUUAUCAAAGUGUAUGACCUUUCAGACUUGCAAGAUGUGCAGUCUGUUGUUACUGUCGACGAUGUGCGGAAGAUUGAAUGGCUUGACUGGUCUGAUGAUGGCCAAUUUCUGGGAGCAGGAGGUGCAGGGGGUAGUUUGCAUGUCUUUCUCACAAAGCUCCCCACUUUGGGCUACAGCCUUGGUCACCGGUUUGCUUAUCUCACAUCUCUCACUGAGGUAACUGUAGACAGUGUCACAGAGCCAGAACUUCACAUGACACUUAGGGUUGAUAUAGAGCCAAGUUUCAUCGCUUUAGGCCCAUUUCACCUUGUUGUAGGCAUGAACAAUCAUGCUUGGUUUUAUGCAUUGGGUGACAAGUCUAAUGUUCCACUUCAUGACAAAGAAUACUUGGGAACUGUGAAAAGUAUGAAGCUGAAUGGAGACUAUGCUGCAGCUCUCUUUGAUAGCAAACUGCAGCUGCAGCUCAUAGAAAUUGAAAACAGCGACCUGGAAGAACGAGAAAGCAAGCUGUUUCCAGACUCGACUCACGGCAAUAUGAAAAUAUUGUGCCACACAGUUACAGAUGACUUUUUGAUAUAUGGCACGGAUACCGGUUUUAUAGAGUUUUUUUUUCUUGAGGACUGGACCAUCAUCAAUAGGUACAAACACUCCAGUGGAAUUAGACAGCUUCACCUCGACCCAUCAAAUACGCGGCUAGUGGCCCUGGAUGACCGGUCACAAGGGUUUGUAUACAACCCCGUGAAUGAUCAUGUGAUAGACAUUGCAAACAUACCUCCAGCUGCUAGGGGUGUUUUCUGGGACCAGCAUUUGGACAACAGGGGUUGCUUUGUAGUGUCUGACGACCAUAAUGUCCAUGUCUAUAUGUAUGUUUCAGAUACAGUGGUAGGUGCCCUUGUAGAGGCUGUUCGUAAGAUCAGCAUCCCUUCAGGACAGCAUCCACUACUACUGCAUAAUGGCAGCUUGACUUGUCAGACACAGAGUGGGAAAACAGCACUGCUACUAGUCACGGGAACAGAAGACAAGGGAAAGAGCACUGCUGCUCACCAACGAGAAGCACUUGCCGAAUGCCUCAAAUUGCGCAGGUUUAACAAUGCCUGGCAAGUGUGUGAACAUCUUAAUUCGAAAAAGGAGUGGACUGAAUUUGGGAACAGUGCCCUAUUUAAUUUAGACCUUGAUUUGGCAAUACGAAUUUUCCGGCAAAUCGGUGACGUUGGAAUGGUGUGGUCACUGCGAGAGCUGUGUGAAAUUGAGGACAAAAAUCUUCUGGCAGCCUAUCUAGCCAUGUUCAAAGGAGACUUUGGGGUUGCACAAGAGCUCUUCCUGGCAUCCAGCCAGCCAACAGCUGCAUUACAAAUGCGCCGUGACCUGCUGCACUGGGAACAGGCAUUGCAGCUUGCAAAGCGCCUGGCUCAGCAACAGAUACCUUUUAUUUCAAGAGAGUAUGCACAGCAGCUUGAGCUUGCCAAUGACAAUGCCAAUGCAUUAACCUACUAUGAGACUGGCAUAACAAAUGAUCCACAGUACAUAGACCAUGACAAAGCCUGUCGUGCAGGCUUAUCACGCACAUCGCUUCGAUGUGGAGACAUUCGAAAAGGAGUCAAAGUUGCCAAAGAGCUGAACAGUAGAACACUAUUGCGGGAGUGUGCGGAAAUUCUUGAAAGCAUGAAGCAAAACCAAGAGGCAGCUCCGCUUUAUGAACAGGGAAACUACUAUGAGAAAGCCGCCAACCUUUACAUAAAACUUAAAGAUUGGAACAAGGUUGGUGAACUGCUCCAGUAUAUAACGUCACCCAAAAUAUAUGCACAGUAUGCUAAGGCUAAGGAAGCUGAUGGACGGUUUGCAGAGGCAGCAAAAGCUUAUGAGCAGGCACAUGACAUCGAAAAUGUUGUUCGUAUACAGUUGAAUAACCUAAACAAUCUGGAAGAGGCAGUACGGCUGGUCAAAGAGACAAGGUCAAUGGAGGGUGCAAAACAUGUGGCCAAGUUCUUUCAGAAGCUGGGAGACAGUGUAUCUGCAAUACAGUUUCUAGUGCUUUCAAAGUGCACAGAUGAAGCUUUUCAUCUAGCAAAAAGUUGCAAGCAGAUGGAUGCCUACGCUGCUGCCAUUGGUGACAAUGGGUCUCCUGAUGACUUCAACGGUAUUGCUACUUACUAUGAGGAAGAGCGCAAUAACUUUGAUGCUGGUAAGUUCUAUCUUAAAGCUGGCCAGUACAAGCAAGCCAUAAAGCUUCUUCUAAAGGCAACUACAAAAGAUGACGAUGAGCCAAUUAACCUAAUUGUUCAAGCUGCGGCAGCAGCUGCUGAUGACCAGACAACCAGACAAGUAAUUGAGUUUCUAAUGGGUGAAACUGAUGGAGUGCCGAAAGACUUCAAGCACCUCUUCAGGCUGUACAUGGGACUUCGUCAAUACAAGGAAGCAGGCAAAACUGCUGUUGUCAUUGCACGUGAAGAGCAGAAUGCUGGAAACUAUCGGAAUGCGCAUGAUGUCCUACUGAGCAUGUACCAGGAAUUACGAAAGCAGCAGAUCAAAGUUCCUGCUGAAAUGCACCACAACCUGAUGCUUCUUCAUAGUUACAUCCUGGUGAAGGUCCAUCUUCGUCAUGGCGGCCAUAUGCAGGCUGCUCGGCUGCUAGAGCGUGUGGCAAACAGCAUCAGCCGUUUUCCAUCACACACAGUUCCGAUUCUGACUUCAGCUGUGGUAGAAUGUCAGCGAGCUGGUCUCAAGAACUCGGCAUUCACCUAUGCCAGCACCCUGAUGCGGCCCGAGUACCGUAGUCAGAUCGACGCCAAGUAUCGGAAGAAGGUGGAAGCCAUAGUGCGCAAGCCCCACCGGGAGCAGGAAGAAGCAGCUCAUUCCCCCUGCCCUUUCUGCAACUUCAGCCUGGCUGAAAUGGAGUUGCUCUGCUCCCAGUGCACAGCUAACCUGCCAUUCUGUCUGGCAACGGGCAAGCACAUUGUGAAAGAUGACUUCACACAAUGUCCAAGGUGCCACUUCCCUGCCAUCCACACACAGUUCUGUGACCUGCUUGCAUUGGAGACAAACUGCCCCAUGUGCCUUGAGCCAGUGUCUGCCGACCAAUUGCAGCUUGGACAGUUCGAGCCACAGGUACAUGCAGACACAGAGGAGUAGUAUCAAAAUCAAGCAGUUUACAAAGGCUUAAGAGUCCAUUGUUAAAGGAGCAAAGAGACCAAGUUUGUGCCUGAUUUGUUUUGCUUUGACCCUUGACACUGGAACUACAAAUGAGAGGCAAAAUAUUUGUGUCCCUUUAGCUUUCGUUCAGCAUGUGUAAUCAACUGAUAUGAAUAGUUUUUGUAAAGAGCAAAUAAAAGAAAUUUAAGAAAUAAAAAAUAAAGGUUAUGUCGGCAAUAUAAUUCCAUGACAUGCUGUUUAUGCCGUGAAAAAUAUUAAUUUUUAGCUACCAGAACACUUAAGGCAAUAAAAACUUUAAUGUUUUAAGUACACAGUACCACUCUACUUCUCUCUAGUUGCCGCCUUGCAUUGACAGCUGUCAAAUUUAUCAAUAAACCCCUACAUUACACUUGGGCGACACUACACGUUGCUAACGCAGUCUUCUUGCAGCGUCGGCCAACUCUUGCUGGUGGUGGCAGCGCGUGCCUGGCUUCACGUACUCGUUUAUGGCGUGAUUACACUGAGUCGAUACGAGACUGACGAGAUGCUGACGCCGACGAUUGGCCGACUAUUCAGCACUGUAUCACUGAUCAUACUAGGCCGACAAUGACACAAACGACGGGUGCGAGUUGAUCGCUCGACCGAACCUUAUGCGAUCGGCCGUCCAAUCGACAACGCGAUAGCUGCAGUUCAUUCACUUGUAAAUAUAAUUAUUCGCGCUCAAAAUGCGUCGACAUGCCUUCGAAGUUGAAAUGCACCAACUUCAGUCCUCUCAAGCCGUGCACUUGAAGUUUGAGCCAAUGUUGAUCCUGUUUAGCGAAGGUUGGGUUACGUCUGACCCCGUCGAGUUCGUGCACCUGCUACUGAUGGACCUGAACUUAGAAAUUAAGCAGUCAGGACGAAGGAAACUGCUCUUAUAGUUCAGUUGUGGCCCUAUAGUGAUUUGAUAACUAGUCUUCACUUCACACGGCACGUACACAAUAAGCGGCAAGUGGCGAAAAAGCGCUGCAGUGUGCCAACAUCUUGUACUUUUGUCACCGUUCCCGAAUGCUGCCGGUCGCAUUCCCGUACAUGGUGGGUCUUUGUGUGUUCGUAUGCUGACACAUUUCUUAAUUGUACAGCAGUACUGUUUACCUCUGCGUUAAACGGGAAAGAAGAGACAGUGCAUUCGGUACAGCAGCAUAAGCUCGCUCAGUAACCAACCAACGGUGUCAGCGAUGGCAUCCGCGUUUUUGCGAGGGAACUACACGGCCUAUAAGUGGGGGCUUAUGCCGCGCGCAGUUUUCUCUAAUAAUACUUUAUGGCAUGCGCAAACUGUAAGUAUGAUGAAGUUAAAGAAAAGCGAGAAUCAGUAGUAACAGCCCAUAAUAUAUAUGUGUCUGGAUCACAGUUGUAGUAGUUUAAGUGGCUCGGCUGCUCAUGUUGAGUCUUCUCAGGGAGGAACAACGCGGCUCAUAUGUGAAGAUGUGUAUGUUUCACUACGUUUUGAGAUUAUUUUACAUCAGCGAUGGGCCAUUUCUACAAUAUCCGAAGCUAACAGCGAUCUGAAGCUGCAGAUGUAGAUGUAAACACAUGCAGCGCUUUGGCAAAUCCGACGUGGAAGGCUGCGCUCAAAGGCUUUUUGAAUAAGCAAUAUGUUUAGUGAAUGUCUAAAAGGAAUACAAAAAGUGAUGUGCAAACACAGACAUCAGCGACAAUGAACUCCAACGCAGCCGCGUCGGCAGACGGAACUCAGCGUGCCUUUAUUGGCCGCGCUGUUAGCACAACAGCGCACUCGGGCCUAUUCACCCAGCACAGUCAAUGGGUGAACGACAUGCUGCCCCGGAGAAACCGUUAAUAAUUAAUCGGGAUACGUGAAACGCACAACCGACGCACACUCAACAUGGGUGCAGGUACACAAAUCAACCGGCGAAAUCCCCGGCACCCUUCCAAAACGUUUCCAGAGGAGUGCGUCAGAGGGCAGCACAGGAACAUGAAAGAGGCGGAUUCCACGUGAUUGGAGGUUGGCCAAGGUUGUACCAAUAUUCAAUUCUGGCGAUCGUUCAUCACCACUCAAUUAUUGACCGAUUUCACUAACUAGACCAGUUUGUCAACUCCUUGAACACAUGAUUCAUUCACAAAUAAUUAACUAUUUAGAACAACACAACAUCAUUUUUAAAUACCAACAUUGCUUUCGCAAAGGCUACUCGUGCGAAACGCAACUUGCUGGAUUCAUUCACGAUCUGCAUUCAUCUGUUGAUGCUGGUAUUCGACUCCAUGUUUCUAGAUUUUUCUAAAGUUUUCGAUAGGAUACCUCAUAAUCGGUUAUUAGGCAAAUUAACACUACUAAAUAGUCACCCUCUUGUUAUUGCAUGGGUUAAAGAUUUUCUCUCUUCCAGGUAUCACUUCACCACUGCUAAUAUGCAACCAUAAUUCCUCCUUCAGCCAAGUACACUCUGGCAUCCCACAAGGGAGCAUGGUGGGCCCUUUGCUUUUUCAAAUAUUUAUUAACGAUUUACCUAACUCCAUUUCUUCCCAAAUCAGACUUUUUGCUGACGAUUGUGUAAUUUACUGCCAAAUUCAUUCUAACGAUGAUCGCUUAGCCCUACAAUCCGACCUCGAUUCAGUAACAGCAUGGUGCUCUGCCUGGCUCAUACAACUUAACCUAUCGAAAACAAAAUUUAUAUCUUUACUAACCGUCAGUCUCGAACCGAAACCACGUAUACCUUAAUGCUACAGUCGAAUUGGUAAAUACAUGUAAGUACCUGGGGUCACGUUCAUUCAGACCUAACAUGGAACUAUCAUAUUAACCUUAUUUUUGAAUCCGCUAAUCGGUCAUUAGGUCUCCUAAAAUAUAGCUUGAAGCAUGCUCCUUCUCACCUCCGACUACGGGCCUUCUGUACACUAAUUAGACCUAAAAUUGAAUAUGCUUUGGUUAUUUGGGACCCUCAUCAAGCAUAUUAAUAAAUAACAUUGAAUCAUUGCAGAACUGCGCAGUCCGUUUUAUUUACUCCAGUUACUCACAUCAUACCAGCAUCAACAGCAUUAAAGAAACGCGCAGACCUGCAAGAACUAUGUAAGCGCCAAAAAGCUGUACGUUUAUAACUUUUUCAUAAGCUGUAUCAUCACUCAACACUUCAUAAUGACUUUUUUCGUGUGCCUUCUUCCAUCUGUGACUGACACAACCAUCCAAUUAAGGUUCAGUACUUUCACAUCGUACAUUUAACUACGCACAUUCUUUCGCACGACGCACCGUAACUGACUGGAAUGCUCUGCCUCCACGUGUUGCUACAGCCACUGAUCCCGAUAAGUUUUGCAAUCUGCUGUCUGCCUUAACUACAGCUUAACAUCAUGCAUAUAUUAUCUCAUGUUUGAACUGUUUCUUUUUACUUUAUAUUUCUUAUAAUGUAGACCUUGUUGUUUUAUUUCAUUUUAUGCUGUUUGGAAGAUGUAUAAUUGGUAUAAUUUUUGACUACUGCCUUGUUCAUGUUAUUGCUUCUUUUCUUUUUCGUUGUGCUUAUCGGAAUUAACAGUAUUUGGUACUUA